CCAAACACACCGCACACUCACUAAAUUUCUCUCAUAGGAGCGUUUCCUUGGGAAAUCCUAUACAAUGUGGAUGCAACUAGGCUGUCGUGCGUUUGCAAAAGGCGCCAAGAAAAGAACACCCGGGCGAAAGGAUGGUGACGGUGACAAUAUUAUGGCCAAUGCAGACAGUCACGAAAGAGGCAACACAUAUUUGGCCCACGAUGGUGCUGUUCAAUUACCAACGGGCACAGAUAGCGUCUAUCUCGUCAACCCCUCGAUGAACGAACUAAUGCGAGCUAUUCACAGUGCUUCCUCAAUGGAUUCACUUAAACGCGUCAUUGUAUCGCGACGCAGUGCCACGAGGAGUUUCCCUUUUCCCAGAACGUCCCAUCUGCUGCCACCAACUAGCUUCCGCAUGCGAAAAAGUGGCUCAAGUUGCCAUCAAAGUGCAGGACUUACGCGAAGUGUACUGCACCGAAGACGGUCUUUUGAUCAUCAGUUGCAUCAGCAACGAGUGAAUGUGUCAGCUCAGCGGCUGUGGAAAGUGCACUCGGAGGGUAAUUUGUUGGGGCCAAGGAAGCCGAAUCAAUCGGAUUCGUCUGUGAAUCUAUGUGAAUGCGCGGAGAUGAUCUCUAGAGAACUUUCGACCGAGGUGUUUAGGCCGGCACUGCCACUGAAUAGGGGGAACUUGUGCUAUUGGAUUAGCUGGGCUCACCUGGUAAUGGUGAUUUCCUGCCUGCGCGGACUCUUGUGAACCAAAAUUCAAGUACACAAGGCCUAAGCACUGCCCAUUGGAGUCCAUGUACUCGUAGAGCCCUUCGGCCUGCAGUGAAGUUGGUGCAAUAAAGAAUUCAGUUC